CGGUGGCUGCUGGGUGCCACCGCCUCACCUCUUCUCGCCUCUCCCUCCUCGCGUCCCCGCCCCCUCGACCGCACGGCUCCCUGGCGUGACUCGGCACUGAGAACCUCUGAAGCCGACGUCGCGGUCGCCACUGCGGAUCAGGCCUCGGCUCCCCCGAGCGUCUCCCCGACCACCCCUUGCUUGCUUCUUCGGCUUUGAAGCCGGAAGCGUCGCGCCGCCCUGCAGGGUUCUCUGUGAGGAUGGUGGGAGUGAAGCCGGUGGGGAGCGAUCCGGAUUUCCAGCCGGAGCUGAGCGGCGCGGGCUCCAGACUCGCUGUGGUCAAGUUCACCAUGAGAGGAUGUGGACCCUGUUUGAGGAUUGCCCCAGCAUUCAGUUCUAUGAGUAAUAAGUAUCCACAGGCAGUUUUCUUGGAAGUAGAUGUACAUCAGUGCCAGGGAACAGCUGCCACCAACAACAUAUCAGCAACACCUACAUUUUUGUUUUUUCGAAACAAAGUGAGAAUUGAUCAGUAUCAAGGAGCAGAUGCUGUGGGAUUAGAAGAAAAAAUCAAGCAGCACUUAGAAAAUGACCCUGGAAGCAAUGAGGACACAGACAUUCCAAAAGGCUAUAUGGACUUGAUGCCUUUCAUUAACAAAGCCGGUUGUGAAUGUCUUAAUGAAAGUGAUGAACAUGGCUUUGACAAUUGUUUACGAAAAGACACGACCUUCUUGGAAUCUGACUGUGAUGAACAGCUACUUAUUACUGUGGCAUUCAAUCAGCCUGUUAAGCUUUAUUCCAUGAAGUUUCAAGGGCCAGAUAAUGGUCAGGGUCCUAAAUACGUAAAAAUUUUUAUCAAUCUACCCCGAUCUAUGGAUUUUGAGGAGGCAGAAAGAAGUGAACCAACUCAAGCUCUGAAACUGACAGAAGAUGAUAUUAAAGAAGAUGGCAUUGUUCCACUUCGUUACGUUAAAUUUCAGAAUGUUAACAGUGUAACUAUAUUUGUUCAGUCUAAUCAAGGUGAAGAAGAAACAACAAGAAUUUCAUAUUUUACUUUUAUUGGUACUCCAGUCCAGGCAACAAAUAUGAAUGACUUCAAACGAAGAAUACAUAUUGGCAAGUUGAGAGUUAUCAGCCUGUGAAACAGUAUGCAGAUUUGUGUCUUCUACUGUAUCACAACUGCUAAAAUUUUAAUUUUAAUAUUCCUGUUUUUUUCUUUUGCUUAAUCUAAUAGCUCCAUGUUUUGCAUUUCCUAAGUAAUACAAUGAUCAAUAAUGCUAUCCGUGUUUAUUAGCUUAAAUUCAUUUGUGGUAGAGAUGGUGUCACCUCCCCUUCCUUCCGAUGUCUCCUUAAACCUCUUUUUCUUGCUCUUGUCCAUAUUUCCUUUUUCUGACACCAUCUUUUUGCCUUACUGAGCUUUCCUAACAUGGUUUAUUUGGACCAGAGAGGCGUUUCUUUAAAGUAAUGGUUUUCCUUAGACUGAGUGAAAGGAACAACAAAACAAAACAAAACAUUAUUAGCUUUGUAUGAGAAUUCAAUGAAGAGUUUUUAAAUAUUUUCUCAUGAAUCACAUUGACCCAACUAUUUUCUGUUACAGACAUGCAUUAAUGGCCUAAUUGUGUUUUUGCUUGGUACAGACACUACCAUUUGGAACAGAAUCAAUUUAAAAUGUGAAACAUAUUUAUAAAUGUACAUAAAAAUCUUUUUCUGUACAAAAUACAGUGUCCUUCAAGAGGGUUUAUUUACAGGCAUUUCUAAUAGGAGAAUGCAUUCUGAUGGUGAACAUUCUCUACUUGAGAUAAAUUAUUCUAGAAGAACAUAGAACCCUCCCACAUAGAACUUGUUUUCUUGAAUUAUUGAUUAGAAACUAAGUUUUUCUUUACAUUUUUUGGUGAGGUGCCGUUUAUAGCAACUAGGAUAUUUUCUAACCCUUCCGAUACCACAUUUCUAAUCCUUAACAGAUGCAAGGUUUACUCUUUACAUUGUUUAUAGUGCAUUUGUAGCAACCCAAGUUUAAGAAAACUGGGAAAGAAUUUGUCAUUUUUAUUCUGUUUUCAUUGCAUGUCUACAUAUUGAAGGAAAAGUCUAGAAACCUGUCAUUGGGCAUGAAGACAUGAGUUUAGUGUACUCUUUUUAAAUAUAAUUUUGUGAUCGACAUUUGAUUUCUGAUUGCCCAAAAAUAGUAUUCCAAAAACGUUACUCAUACAGCACCAUCUUUUUAUUAACUUCGCUAAACUGUCAGCCUUGUUUGGAAAAACUGCAUUACUUCUUAAAACAGAGUGGGAAACCAAAAAUAGCCUGCAUGUGUUUCAUUUUUAAUUCCUUAUGGGGGGAAGGGGAAUCACAGUUGCCACAGUAAAAGAAUACUGCAUGUGAAAAAGGAUUCAAGGAUAAAAAUUAAUACCAGAUUAAAAGGAUUAAAGUCAUUUUGAACCUUUAUGAAAUUUGUAUCUUUAAAAAAAUAAAGUAUUUCUGAAUCAUUAAGUUGUACAUAAAACUUUAUUUUUGUUUUUCUAG